UCUGUUAAAUCUCUGUUCCCUGACUCCUUGGAGACCAAUCUGUACCCUGCAGGACUGCAGCUUGACACCAGAAAAAUGAAGACAGCCCUGCUUUUCCUCUGCAUUAUAGGAAUCACUUGUGCCUUCUCUGCAAAACACUUCCGAAGAAGAUUUAAGUCAGACGAUUCAGAAGAAAAUGCGGUGUUCAAGAACAAAUACAGGCAUUUUCUUUAUAGAUAUCCUUACUUCUACCCACCUAUGAAAAGAUUCCAGUUUAACAGUGACUCAUCUGAAGAAGGUUUUGGUGAGAACAGUUCAGAGGAAGAAGAGGAGGAAGAAGGGGGACAGUCAAAUGAAGAAAAUGAAGGUGGAAAGGGAAGUGAAGAGACCACAGUAGCUCCCACUACACCUGCAGUUGAAGAUAACAAGACUGAUGGAAAUACCGACACUGUCCAAAAGGUACCAGCAGUAAAAGAGCCUCCUCAGAAACCGGGGAAAGAAGCAGGUGAUAAAAAGGUUGAAAAGGAAACUGUUCCCAAAAAAGGUGCAGAGGAAGAAGACAGUGAUGAAAAUGAGGAAGAGGAGAAUGAAGAGGAAGAAGAGGAGAAAGUAGAUGAAAACGGAAGUGGUGUUAAUGCCACCAGCACAAACAGCACCGUCGAAGAAACUGGAAAUGGUGGCGAGGAAGAAGAAGAGGAAGAAAAUGAAGCAACAACAAUCAGUCUAACUACCCUGGUCACAACUGUCAACCCCACUGAAAGUACUACAGGUGAACAAUUGCCAGAAGGGACCACUCCUGCCGAUCAGGGCCAGUAUGAUACCACCACAAAUGGCUACGAACAUGGAUAUGAAGUCCAAACUGAUUAUUAUGGCAGUGAGAAUGGGUACCCACGAGGAGAUAAUUUCAGAACAUAUGAGGAUGAGUAUAGUUACUAUAAAGGGCAUGGAUAUGAUGUGUAUGGCCAAGAUUAUUACUAUAAUCAGUGAAAAAAAGGAAGCCAUCUCUUGACAUGUUCAUUAUAUAUUUUUGCAUGUCAACUGUUCACAAAGUCUACUCAGGAAAAUGCACCACAAUAGAAUGGUGCUAGUAAAACAAGAUAAAAUAGUUAAUAUCUGGUAUUAGUGCUAACUAUGAAAAUAGGCUGUUUUUAAAGGUAUGUCUUUGAUCAAUAUUCAUGUAGCCAUCAUGGAUUUAUAAAUUUAUUGAUUUAUUUUAAAGAAAUAAUCAUAUUGCAGAUGAGUAUUAUUUUGUUGUUCAACAUUAAACUCACUUUUUCUUUGGAUGGUGCAGAACUUGGACCGGCCUCCAUAUUAGCCACUUCUUUGUCAGAUGAAAAUAUUAUCAGAUUGAAGUUUGUCAUAUAAAAUAGAUGGCCCAUUCUUAUAUUUAUAUUAGAGUUUUGCAAUAUACCGACCAGAUUAACUCAAAGUAAACAUAAUGAAAUAAGUUAAAUAUUUCAGACCAAUUUCACUGCAUUCUGAAUUGUUUUUGUAAUGAUUAAGGUUGUAAUUAUGGUUGCACUAGUUACAGAUGAAAAAUAAAAUCAUUCCUACUACUA